UUACUACCUCUAGCUUCAUAUCAUGUUUCGUAAUCCGGUUCAUUGACGAAUUUUGUCGGCGGGCUUUUUUAACAUGACCGAAAUGUACAUUUAAAAUUGUUUUCACUUCAAAAAAAUAUUAUAAAACAUUCGCAACAUACAGCACUGAUAAAUCAGACUCCGAUCUACUCGCUGUUUUAACUAAACGAUUCCCAGCGCCUGGCCAGGCAGAAAGGCCACAAUGAAGCUCACAGACAAUGUGCUGCGGAGUUUCAGGGUUGCUAAGGUUUUCCGAGAGAAUUCGGACAAAAUCAACUGCUUUGACUUCAGUUCAAAUGGCGAAACUGUAAUAUCGAGUAGCGAUGACGAUUCGAUUGUUUUGUACGACUGCCAGGAGGGAAAACCCAAACGGACGCUUUACAGUAAGAAGUAUGGUGUGGAUCUCAUCAGAUACACCCAUGCCGCCAACACGGUCGUCUACAGCUCCAACAAGAUUGAUGAUACUAUUCGAUACCUGUCCCUUCAUGACAAUAAGUACAUUCGCUACUUUCCUGGACACAAUAAGAGGGUUGUUGCUCUGUCUAUGUCUCCCGUUGAUGACACGUUCAUUUCUGGCUCACUUGAUAAAACUAUUCGUCUGUGGGACCUUCGCUCACCUAACUGUCAAGGCCUUAUGCACCUGCAAGGGAAGCCCGUGUGUUCGUUUGAUCCGGAAGGGUUGAUUUUUGCUGCCGGAGUGAAUUCUGAGAUGGUCAAACUUUACGAUCUGCGCUCUUUUGAUAAGGGACCAUUUGCCACGUUUAAACUACAAUAUGAGCGAACAUGCGAGUGGACGGGUCUCAAGUUCAGCAACGAUGGAAAGCUUAUUUUGGUCUCCACCAAUGGUGGAACACUAAGAGUGCUGGAUGCUUUCAAAGGAGCGGUGCUCCACUCGUUUGGGGGCUAUAACAACAGUAAAGGUGUCAUUUUGGAGGCCUCUUUCACGCCAGAUUCUCAGUUCAUCAUGAUUGGAUCAGAAGAUGGAAAGAUCCAUGUGUGGAAUGCUGAGAGUGGAAUGAAAGUAGCACUUCUUGAUGGGAAGCACACUGGUCCAGUCACCUGUCUACAGUUUAACCCCAAAUUCAUGACAUUUGCCAGUGCCUGUUCUAACAUGGCAUUCUGGUUACCUACGAUUGAUGACUGAUGGGCCGCUGUCAGACAUCAGCAUCUGUGACGUGUUCUACCAGUAGGUGGCAUCAUUCAACUUUUAUCUUGGCGUUUCACCCGCGGAGUUGCUCACCUUAAGACUUUCGAACUGUAAAUAGAUGGCCUUGAUGCCGAGUUGUAUUUCUUUGUUCAUUUUAUAUCUGUAUCAUUAAAACAUUUUUGUAAAACAUUGUAAAGUAAUCUGUUAACAUUUCCUGUUUUGUUUACAAGGUUGUUACACAGUGCUCGAUCAAAUUGACUUCUGCAGAUCUGCUCUUAGCUAAUCAAAUUAUACCAGCACAUGUAGGUUUAGCAUCUUGUGAGUCUAAAGAAAUGUCAGUGGAACAAUUUUUAAAUUAAACCUGUUUAUACAACUGUCCAAAGAUGUGGUUUUGAAGCCUUUCAGACAUGCUCAUAGCUGAUGUGUGUAGCUCAACAUAAUUCUAAAUGUGAGUGCAAAUUUUUGCUUUUGUGCCAUUAUUUUGCUGGGUUUUGUUUUUUGUCUCGGUUUUUUUGUACUUUGCAUUUGCCAUACUGGUAUUUUUUUUCUUAAAUCGCUCAUAAAAACAAAUCUCAUACCAAUACACACUGACCACCCCUCUUCUAGUUUCAAUUUAUUUUGUUCUAAUUACAUUGCACUUAUUGAGGUUGUGUUUAUGCUGAUUGAGGAGAAAAAGGGGAGAAUGUUAAUUCAGUGCCUCAAAUGAAGAUUCUGCCAUUUUAGUUGUUUUCUAUUUAAUGCAUUAAAUCUUUGAAGAGGUUAUUUUGCAUCCAAAUGGGUGCCUUUAUUUGUUUUCUCAGGUUGUUAGAAGGUUUAAUGACCGCCGUAAGACACUGAAUUAGAUUUUUAUUAGGAUUCAAAUUUCUUUUUUUAUUCUAUUUCGAGCUUUAUAUGAAAUCCAUCGUAAUUCAAGUUUAAAAUGUUACUUAAACUGAAAAUAAAAAAAUAUAUAAACACAAAAGAACCAACUGUCUGAAUUCCACAUUUGAGGCAAGUAAAGAAAAGGUAUGCUAUGUAGGCCUAUUAGAUAUAAACAGAAUAUUUUUGUGACAUUUUCAGAAGCAUUAGGUCUGCCAAAUUGGUGGUCCAAAAAAGUGGAAAUGUUAUAUAAUUUGUGUGCAUUUAGGAAACAUACUAUGAGUGCAGCUUUUCAAGACGAUGACUCGGCCUUAUUAUUACAAAAUAAUACAACUUGUAAAUGUCUUAACCUGAAAGCCUUACUCUCAUGCUUAUUAAAUAUUUUGAACAAGA